AGCUGGAUGGAGGGAAGCGCAAACGAUUUCCUAAUAGAACACAUGCAUGGAGGUAGUUCUGGGAUUGUUGAUACACAAGGGAUGGCCACGAGUCUCCUAGUUUUCGGAUGUCUGCUCGUAUUUGUCGAUCUGAGUCGAUGUCUUCGAAUGGAGAUGUUGGACAUUCCAGCAGCAGCUAACCAAGGAGAAUCUAUAGAACUCUCGUGUAUUUAUGAUUUGGAGAACGAUCGUCUGUACUCAAUCAAGUGGUACAAGAACGACGUUGAAUUCUACAGAUACGUCCCUAACGAUUGGCCACCUGGGCAGUUUCUGCCCCUCCCAGGUGUAAGAGUAGAUUUAUCCAAAUCUGGUAAGCGAUCUGUGUAUUUGCGCAGUGUGGACCUUAACAGUACUGGAACGUACCGCUGCGAAGUAUCUGCAGAAGCUCCAUCUUUCCAGUCUGUUGAGGCUGAACGUGAGCUAAACGUUAUGGUACUUCCGACUGAAGGUCCUCGUAUAACAGGAGGUCAGCCAAAGUACAACGUCGGCGACACAGUAGCCAUUAAUUGUACCUCUGCCAAAUCAAAGCCAGCCGCAACCUUAAGGUGGUUUAUAAACGAUCAGCCAAUUGGGCCUGAAUACGACACGGAGCAUUCGACGACACUCCACGAGGACGGCCUUGAAACCUCCAGUUUGAGCUUGAAGUUUGUGGCCAGGGACAAGCACUUUGUGGACCACACCAUGCGUCUGAGGUGUACGGCAUCUAUUUCACGCAUGUACACCAUGAGCAAUGAAGAGCUAUUCAUGGGCGGAAGACAGCAGUCAUCCACCCUCCAGAUACACGAAAACGAGAGUAGAGAAAAGCCCAUCAAAGGAUCAUCAAAUCCAAAACGUAAAGGGCAAAAACAAAGUAUGUAUUAUUCAUAUAAUACCUUCAUACUUCCGACUGAAGGUCCUCGUAUAACAGGAGGUCAGCCAAAGUACAACGUCGGCGACACAGUAGCCAUUAAUUGUACCUCUGCCAAAUCAAAGCCAGCCGCAACCUUAAGGUGGUUUAUAAACGAUCAGCCAAUUGGGCCUGAAUACGACACGGAGCAUUCGACGACACUCCACGAGGACGGCCUUGAAACCUCCAGUUUGAGCUUGAAGUUUGUGGCCAGGGACAAGCACUUUGUGGACCACACCAUGCGUCUGAGGUGCACGGCAUCUAUUUCGCGCAUGUACACCAUGAGCAAUGAAGAGCUAUUCAUGGGCGGAAGACAGCAGUCAUCCACCCUCCAGAUACACGAAAACGAGAGUAGAGAAAAGCCCAUCAAAGGAUCAUCAAAUCCAAAACGUAAAGGGCAAAAACAAAGGGUUGAUGUUGAGAAAAAACAUCACGCUUUGGUGGAAUAUUCUGAAACCAUACCAGAGGCACGUUUUAACGUCACUUCCGGUCCCAACGAAGACCCCAUCACAGAAACCGAACAAUUUUCCGACAACAACAGUGUAAAUGAAGGGGAAGAUACAACACAGAAAAGCUCCAUUGUAUACUUUACAAUGCAAAGUGCAAGUUUCGGCAGAGCGCUCUAUCCUUAUCAUUGCGUGACUUCUUUUAUCGUCAUGGUAACCUUGUUACGAAUCACUUAAACCCGGACUGCAAAUACACAGUGGAGUUCAAUUCAUGUGAUUUCUGGUGUUCAUCGGAAAUAUGGUACAAACUUUGCCAAAUGAAGAGUUGUCCUGCGCCAAAAAGCAAGACUAAGGAUAUAUGAAUUACAAGCACUCAAUGUAAAUUAACCAUAUCUGUCCUCAUACGUUGUAUACAUGUUAUUCUGUGGUGCCAAUUUGUUGUAGAAAUUGUUUAAAUUUCACCGUAUUUUUCGCUGGACUACUUUACUUUCUUUUGUGUAUACUUUACAGUUUGACGGUAAUGCGAGUUGAUGAAUGUGUACAUCUUGUUUCACAUCGUUAUAAAUGCUUUUACAAGCGUGAUAUUAGUUUAUGCUGUUUUUUUUUUUUUUUUUUUCUUUGUUACUAGAACGUCAGAGAACUCGAUUUUGUUUAGUGGCAUGAUCGUUCUUCAUCUCGCAUCCAGAGACUACAACAACCAAAAAGCUUCCUACUGAUUUAUUUUUAAAUGUAAAAUAGGGUAAAUAUUUUGCGGUAAGCUGUUUGGAUAGCUCAAGAAUUUUUUUUCAAAAUUAUUGAAUGGUUUCAACUUUUAAAAGUAACAUUUUUAUCUUACCUUUUUUUAAUGUUAGAUUAACAACGCAUUUUUGUCACCAGGAAAGGUGACGACGAUUUCAAACUUGCUGUUAUACUUCCACGUUGAGAAGCUCGUGUCCUUUAAGGGAAACAAAAUGACAUAUUACUAUUACUUCAACUUGAUGUUAUAAGGAGCUGUAAUUUGACAUUAGCAAAACUGUUCUUUGUUUCAGGAAAAAAUGUAUGAAAAAUUGAAGUUAUGUUGUUACUUGAAUAUAUUUCUUAAUGUUUCUUUUGAAAUUAAAAAGAAAAUUACACCCAAAAA